AUGGCGCAUGAAUCCACGCCUCAACUUCCUACAGCGACGCGCUCUCCCAGCGGCGUCGGCGGCGAUGUCGACGGCGAAACCGAGACCGAGAACGAGACCAAGACACUUCCCAGUCCGACGAGAGCGCCGGCAACAACCAAGGCCGCCGACAGAAGACAUGCGAAACGCCUUUCCCUCAACCUGCCCAUUCUACUGCCACCCACUCCGCAGAUGUCGCAGUCGCAGUCCCAGUCGCCUACCGCGAUCUCAUCAUACCAGAGUCCCAUCCAUUCCGCUCGCUCAUCAUACCAGAGUCCCGUCCAUUCCACUCGCUCGUCGCCUCGCAUUCGCACAUCGCCCUAUCGCCCCAGCGAGGUGUUCUCCCCCGACACCCGAGACCCAUCCAAGUCAAGAACGAGCUCGGACUUCCUGACUCUACUCGCCGCACAGGAGCGCAGAGUCCUUGAACUAAGAGAAGAACUUCAAAAGGCGGAGGUGGACCUACUGGGUCUCAAGAGACAAUGGGCAUCAUACGAGGCCAACAAGAAGAGAGAAGAAGUCAAACACGUCAAAAAGCUGCAGCCUCUGGCUCUGGACGAUGUCCCCACCAUGAGCCGCGAGUCCCGAACCACCCCAGAAGACGAAGUGGGGGAGGAGGAGCGAAGAAGGAAACGUGCGCUGGUCGAGAAAAGCCAGACGAUCAAUGCCGCCGGCGUCCCAAAUAACCCGGGCAGAAGGGGAUCCAAGCGUGUCUUUGAAGGCGGUCGCCAUACUCGAGCCUUGAGCCUUCUCAGUCCUACAUCGGCCAAAGGACAUGUCGCCGCUCUGAAAUCAAGAGCAGAAGGCAACUCUAGUCGAACAGAUGGCCUGAGCGGAAUUGAAUCUGAAACUGAACCGUCGGAGUAUGAUCAUGUUCUGAGCCCGCCGCCGUUGUCAAGAAUGUCUACCCUGGACGGUCUGAUAUCAAGUGAUCCGCUCCAGCUUGGGUUCGGCAAGACAUACAAGGAACUCGCGGCGAAUCGACGCUCACUGCCUCCAGUGGCGGCGGAUCUGUUGGUGAAGCAGGGGAAACAGGUCUACGACGGAGUGCGCGAGGGGCUGUGGACGUUCUGGGAAGAUAUUAGACAAGCCACGGUCGGCGAGGAGGGCAUUAAUGGCACAACGCAGCAGCAGCGUCCAGUGGCCAAGUCUGUUAGUGGCGGUCAGAAAAGAGCGGCUAGAAAGGAUAUUGGGUCUAAUCGAUUGGCCGCUGGCGGAAUGGGAGUGGGAAUGGGGUUGGGGUUGCAAAAGACUAAUAGUGAUUUGUCUACGGAUGAGCGAGAGCGAGGACGAGAGCGAGAUCAUGAUCGAGGCCCAUUGUCCAAAGAAUCUUCCUUCUGGCGCGAAUUCGGCCUGGAUACACCGCAACGACAAUCGAUGAUUUCAAAUACUUCGACUGCCGCUCAGUCGCAGUCGCAGUCGCAGUCGCAGUCGCAGCGGCAAUCGGGCAAGUCGUCGGAUGAUGGCAGUGAUAGUGGCAGAGACAGAGGCCAUGUUCAACAGAAGAGCAGUACCGACUCGACGAAUCCGCCUAGUCUCCUGCCGGACUUGAAUGAUAACGAGGAAGAAGUCGAUGACGCAUGGGAUGCGUGGGACUCUCCUGUCACUGUGAGACAACGUCCAGCCGAGCCGGGUUGGGAUAAGAGGGAGGGAUCUGGUUCUGGAUCUGGAUCUGAAGCUGAAAUCGAAGCUGCACAUGACUCCGUGGUCGAAUCCAAUCGACCACCUGUGACUCGUUCUGGCUCCAGUCCGCAGAUGGGUUCUGUUCGAACACCAAAGAAGUCAGUCGGCGAUGGGAAUAGGGAUGCGAAAGGCGGUGAUGGUGAUCGUGAUGUUCGUGGAGAAGGAGAUGAUGGUCUCCCCUGGCCGGAAAUCCAGAAACUCACUACUCCAAGUAAGUUGACCAGGACGGUCAGUGACUUGAUGAGAGAGUGGAAUGCUGGCGCGAAUGCAAACCCCAAUGCAAACGUGGAUGGGGAUAAACAUGUCGACAUUCUCACAACCAUUUCAAAUGGACUCGUCGAUAGAGCCGAAGCCGAAGCCGAAGCCGAAGCCGCAGACACCCACCAAAGCACAGAUGUCAAAGUCCAGGAGCAUUGA